CCUGUUUUCAAUGGCGUCUGCCUCGCGCGAAUGAUCAAAUACAGCGCGGAGAUGCGCGUGACAGCACGUUCGGAUGUGUCCCGUCUUCGAUUUGGUGCUGGUUUGCAAUGGUCUGGCCUAAUGCCGUUCUCCAUCUUGAUGCCAGCUUUAGCCCUGGCCCCCUGCUACCACAGGCGAACGCGAGUGCAUGGCCCCAGUGUCUUUCCGAGUCCGACGAAUCCCUCGCUGGUAGCCUCUGUAGAGUGCUGGAUGUUUUCCAAGAGGAACCCGUUGAUGACACAAUGGAGAUUUCGUUGCCACUGCAACUUGUGCCACAGCCUUCCCUGUCCCUCGUGGACCUUGGAAAACAGCUUCUGGAGUCUGCGCGCAAUGGCGAGACUGAAGAAGUUCGUCAACUCAUGACCAGUGGUGCUCCUUUCACUACUGACUGGCUGGGCACAUCUCCCCUGCACAUGGCUGCUCAGAACGGGCAUGUGGCGACAGCUGAAGUGCUGCUGCGAGCUGGCAUCAGCCGAGACGCACGCACCAAGGUGGACCGCACCCCACUGCAUGUGGCAGCUCAAGAGGGCCACCUGGAUGUGGUGGAGCUCUUGCUCAAGCACUCUGCCGACAUUGAAGCCAAGGACAUGCUGCGCAUGACGCCCCUUCACUGGGCAGUGGAGAGAGGACAUCUGGACGUGAUCAAAUGCCUCCUGCGGUGGGGUGCAGAUGUAGGUGCAUGUAGCAAGUUUGAAAAGACACCACUUGACAUUGCCCUGGACAACGACUAUGUUGAAGUGGUCAGAGUGCUUCAGGAACAUGUCUGCAAUCCAACCCGGACCAAAGAGACUGUGGAACAAACUUUCAUACUGCCUGUUGCACAAAUGACCAAGGUCCCAGCUGGUGCCAUAGGCACUGCUCACAAGGUUGUCAAGGCCAUUCCUGCUGUCACAACUGGACUCGUGACUGCUGCCAGUCCCACCAUAAUCCAGGCCAAGGCGACCGGGGUGGCGACAACGGCCGCACGCACUGUGUUUGUAGCUGCCAAGGCACCACACACCGCCGCUGUCAAAAGAGCCACGGUCACCAAAGUAGUGCCUGCCACCUCUGUUGCCGCUGCCGCUGCUGCUGGCGUCACAGUCACUGCAACGACUGCUGCAGCCACACCCACCACGACUGUCACUACUGAAGAAAUGAGCGGUGACCAGGGAAGCCCUUCUGUCCUGGCCACUCUUGCAGCACUUGCAGAGGCCACUGCCCCCAAUGCAAAUCUUCACUCUGGAUGCUGGAAGGUGCCCAUGGCCGAGACUGAUCACUCAACAUUGUCUUCAAACGAGGCAGUUCAGUGGCUCGAGACACAUGGCAUUACAAUGCUACCUGCAGACAACUCCACCAUUGUGGCUUCAGCGUUGGAAGGCGGCCAGACGAUAUCGCUCACAGAUGCUGGUAAACUGGCUCUGAACUGGGUGAAGGAUCAGCACACUGUUGCUGCCGAUGGAACUACCAGUGAAGUCUCUCUCUCUAAUGUUGCUAGUGCUGGAAACCAGAAAGUGAUCGCCAUAGUGACCGACCAGUCACAAAUCUCGUCCCUAGUCAGUGCGGGUGCUGGCCAGUCACCAUUUGUCGUCGUUUCUGGUGCCAAUUUUAAGGCAGCAGCCGAUUUUUCGGACAUUUUCACGGCCCCUAGGGAGUUCGAAAAAUUGGACUUCAACUGUGCAACUGAUCAAGAAGAUGCUUCAAAUGGUCUGUGGGACGAACAAGUGGCAGAAGAAGGACAAGAACAGAAAGGACCUACGCAUUGAGGAAUAAACAGGAAAGGAAGCAUGCUGCCACCGUUUUGAAGCAGCAGCUUGAGCUCAAAAAACAGUGUUGGCCGAUGCUGAGAUGCAGGUGUCCCUCAUCCAAACCAAAAUAAGCUCUUUAAAGCAGUGAAGCACAGCACUGAGGUGUCGUGCACAGGCUGAGAGUAUGUGAGGACAGUUGACGUUGACGUGCGAGCUGUAGAGAGAGAAUCUCAAUUGUGACAAAGUUCGGGCCUCAUACCACUGAGCUUGCUAUCAGUUGACAGAAAUAGCUCAUAUUUGAAAAUAUUUCUUCUGUAUGCAUCUCCUUUUUAUUCGUAUUUGAGAAUGUCCGACUCGAUUUGCAAUUUUUUUCGAAGACAUUUUAUUUGCUGUGCAUUUUACUAACCCCUCCAUUCUGUUCUCUUGUUGAAUAACAUGAGCACUAAUCCUUAGUAUUCAAAUUGGACUAAGUCGUUUUGUUUUUUAAUUUUUCAUAUGCUUACUAGAGAAUGACAGCAUCGGGCAAUAUGGUUUCAGCCCAUCUUGACAUUAAACAUAGUUCUGCCUCACUCAGGGAGUUUUAUAAAGGCACUCAGGGAAAACCUGAAACACUCAGGGAAUUUGGAAAUGUCAAUUUGGUAGACGCCCUGUAUAUGUAUGCAUGGUAGCGAAGCUCCUGUAGAAGCCCAUACAUCCUGCAAUGGCAGCUUUUGGAAGCACAGCACUGCCAUCUACAUUUUGCGCGGCCAACUUCCCGGUGAAAAAAAAUUAACUUUUGCCAUUUAAGGCUUCUUGUACCGUGUCAUCUACUGCUCUAGCUCGCAUCACAUCGCAUUUACUACACACACAGAGCACACAACAGCACAAAGAAAGGGAAAGUGAGGAAGAAUAUUUGCCACUUCGCAUAACAAUCCGACAUGAAUUAUUAACUGACCCAUUUUUAUAACUAUCAUUCUAUAAUGGCAGGCAUCACACCAGUGAGCCUUGAGAGCUUUGCAUGAAUUUAGAGCAGUAAGUUCGCUCAGAUUUUGAACUAAGUACCAAAUGCAUUUGUCCUUGGUAUCAACGCACAUCUGUUAUUUCAGUGUCGAGAUAAAAUCAACACUACAUUGAAAUAAUUCACAGGAACCAUACUUUCAUCUUCAAUAACACAGCACACGUGCCACUUGUAGGUUUCUCUGGUACUGAAUACAAAACUAAAACAUACUAAUAUUUAGCGAAAAUGCAGUUAAAUAUGGUGAUACCGUUGCGGCAUAUAUUGGCAUGCAUCGUCACAAGCAAACUGCAGGAAGCCUGCACAGUUUCAUACUCAUAACAUGCGACUUAAAUAAAAAUAAGUCGCAUAGAAUUUCAUUUAUACGCAAAACUUUUUAGUUUUGGCAGGAAAGAACAAAAAGAAAUACGUAUUGUCUGUUCAUUUCCCAUUCUUCUUUUAGUAUGCUCACGUCAGCUAAUGGCUGAUGCGAACACUAGGCGCGACGUGUUCCCUGUUGCCAGUUUUCGCAAAGUGUCCGCUCUUGUUGAAUUUUUCUCUGUUGCAUGCUGAUAGUGUCGCCCGCAGUCGAACGAUGCUAUUAUGAAAGGAGUGCCUGGGGAGCGCGUGCUUCGUCUGCCUCUCGCUUCAACACACCUACGAAACGAUUACUCAACCUCCAGUACUGAAUGUGCGGGAAGCCAGCACACGAUACCAACCCAUCUUGGCACUUCUACUUUUUGCACACAUAGCAGAGUACCUGUAAAAGAGGGCGUACGGGCUACAUGUGCACUCAGUCACUGCUAGUAAAGGGACCUGACCCCCUCCAACCUGACCCCCUCCCCAAUCCCCUCUCCCGCUUCCAUCAACUUGCUCCCCUCCCUCACCCCCCCUCUUUUUUUUUUCUUACGCUCCCGGAAAGACUGCGCUCAUCUACCCACCAUCCUUCUUGGCUCAUCCUUGCAUACUUUCACUGUCAUCCAAAGCCUACAGCGUGCGGGGUGCUAUAGGAUCUAAUCACACUUAGACUUCAUAUGGAACAUGACUCUGCUCUGCGGUCCCUCUUGGUUGCAUGAUUUGAGACGUGCGUUCACAAGCAGCCACUUAUAAAUCAACCAUUUGACCAUCUGCAUCCACGGAAGUUUCUAUUUAUUGUCUCUGUAUUCCUUCGCGGUAGUAGUAAAAUUUCGUUAUAUUGGGGGGGGGGGGGGGGGAAUGGUGUAUAAGACACAUUGUUAUAUUGAGAUUCUAAACACAUGGUGUUCUAUAGACAGGAAGUCAUGAAAAAUAAAGUUAUAUACUUUGUUAUAUCCUAGUUUAACUGUAUUCACAACCCGCCGUGGUUGCUCAGUGGCUAUGGUGUUGGGCUGCGGAGCACGAGGUCACGGGAUCGAAUCCCGGCCAAGGUGGCCGCAUUUCGAUGGGGGCGAAAUGCGAAAACACCUGUGUACUUAGAUUUAGGUGCACGUUAAAGAUCCCCAGGUGGUCGAAAUUUCCGGAGUCCUCCACUACGGCGUGCCUCAUAAUCAGAAAGUGGUUUUGGCACGUAAAACCCCAUAAUUUAAUUUUAACUGUAUUCACUCUUUAAUGAGGGGGAGAGUAUACAUUUUAGUAUAGCUAUGAAUGAAGGCAUGCAACAAAGGCUUAUCAACAGAGGCAGUUAUUUAUGGUCACUUUCUCUGAUUAGAACUGUUUCUACUUU